AUGACGUCACGGCUGUCGUGGCAGCAGGUGCGUUUGGCGGGAAAAUUUCACUUGUUUAUCAUUUCAGUGUUGUUUACGCCAACACUACCAUUGUUCAUGGCGAGGAACUACAGUCUGGAAAAAAUUCCCUGCGAGGAUCAAAGAGUUGAAGACGACUACAUUGACGACCUUAUUCGCAAAUAUCUCUGCAGCGAAGACAUGAAUAGCUGGGUAAUUUUUUCCCUUCUUUCAAAACAACUGUUCUUUACCGCAAUUUUGUUUUAUUUUAAUUUCACACUGUCAAGUUUAUUUUACCUCAGCCUUUACGAAGAAACAAGCGAAUCCUCACUAACCUCCCCCGAGGCUGACAAAUGGCCCGGAGAAGCUAUUUUCCCAGGCUUCAAUUACAACCAAGAUUUUCUGGUACCAGAACUCUUUUUACUGGGAAAUAUAGAUUGCUUGCCUGAAAAGUAUGACGACGUGGAACCCGAAGACGAGCUUCUGUCUAUUUUGGAGGAAAUAAUAACGGAGGAUAAAAAGAAAACUGAAGGAAGUUUUGAGUCACCAGUAAAAGAAUCAGAUGUUGACAACAUUCUGAAGUCAGCUAACAUUACCAACACCAACUCUGAAACAUUAACCAAGGAAACAACAUCACACAAAAGGAAAAGACCAAAAAGGACAUCUACAGAUACAGAUAAGAAAGGCAAACGACCUUGCAGACAACCAAUAAUUAUGAAAAGGGGAGCUAAAAGGAACAGAGAAGAGUAAAAUGCUUCACAACUUGUUAACUGCUCAAAACAUUGACAUUAGCUGUCAAUUGCCACUGAACCCAUGGUACCAGUGUACCAACUGAAUUAUUCCUAAACAUUACAUUAAAAAAGCUUUGUGCAAUGAGAUUCAUUCCGAUCUUUUAGAGUGAAAUGUACACUGUCUUGCCAGACAUUAAAUUAUUAUUAAUGUAAAUUUAUGCUGAUGCAUUGUAUUACUGCAUGUAAUCUAACUACGAUAUUUUUGUUUUUCAAGUCAUUCGUAGACUGCAUUUUUUAAUAAAAAUAAUGUAUUUUUGUAAUGUAUGGCAUGUUUGUACAACUGUUUACAUCUUCUACCAACAAUUACUAGUAGCCAUGAAAAAUUUGGAGCUGAGGUGGUUGAUCAUCUCAGGUUUCUCACAAGUAAAGGAGAGCUCUCAACACAUACUGGUGUAGUGACUGAAUUAUUGUUACUUUUAGCAAUGGACACUUCACAAGUUGCAUGCUCUUGGGACAGUCAACCAACAAACUACUGAUACUCAAUCAUCUCGUACAUCGUCAACCACUACCUUACUUAAUUUGGAUCAAAAACCAUCCGUACUAUUUAUGUACGUACUGGUCUUCACAAAUUGCGCAGUUCGUUACCCUCUCUACACAAGUACUGCAGGUCCAACACUCCAUCACUAAUAUGACAACAAAAACCAGUAACAGGGUUUAUUUUUCUUACAACCAUACACAACAUUAUUGAGAUUUCUCCUAAAUGAGGAUAGUGAUGCCACUUUCUUAUGCAUAAAUUUAAAUGAGAAAAGGUUGUCAACUAUCACGCUUAUAAAUUGAGAGCAAAUAAUCUAAUUGUUAAAUAGAAACACGAGUGGAAGUUUGGGAGAAUGAGAAAUGGUGUGGAAACACGAGUUGAUAGGCUAGUACUUCCACAGCUUUUUCUAGUUCUCUUAAAAUUUCAUGUGUUUCAAUUAAACAACAGAGUGUUUCUGUUGAGGAACUAUCAGCUGAUAGUUGCCCCGCAGAAAUUUGAUGUUCUUGAAACAAACAUUUGCCCAAGAAACAAAGCUAUGAGGGCAAACAUACUAGUCUUUCCAAGGGGCGACUACCAGACCAUUAGUUCUGAGACAAACAAUCUAUCCCUUUUAGUGUUCACCACUGAAUUUUCUUCUGCACACCAGUUCAAAAAUCGUAUUGAAAUGUUUUCAACUUUUUUUAGAUGAGAGAUGACAGAGACAUGAAAGCCAAAUAUAAAAUUUGAAAAAGGAAAACAAAAAAAACCCCUCUAAAUGCAGAGCAAUCAAUUAUUUAUUUGUGCAUGCAGCCUGUUUACAGAAAAAUUUUCAUGGAUGAGUUGGACAUGCACUAUGGGCUGAUAGUGUCUUUCCACCAAUGAAAACUACUGCAUCACAAUCAAUUUAAACCAAUAAGAAUUGGAGAAAAUUCGGUGGUGAGCUAUAAAUCGUGAUAGAAACUUGAGGAAAAUUUUUGCUAUCUGUUUUAGAUAGGAGCCCAAAGAAAAUAAUGAACAGCACGACUAUGACAACUUUUCUGUGUUUCUAUUGAGUUACAGAUAUAUGGUUUUUAACCAAUCAGUGCACAGAUUUCUUUAUAAUUGGCUAUUCUAAACUUAAUUAAAAUUAUUUAGUGCACAACAGUACAGCAUGUGUAGUAAUUUAUUUGUAUAUACCUAUAUUUGUCUAAUAAUAUUUAUUUCCUUAUUUUCUUUUCAUAGUACUUGUGAACAGUCCUCAGAUUGGACAUAUUAAUAAUUAUUAUGCAAGUUAAGAAUGUAGAUGUAGACAACUUGAGGGACCACAAGAAUGACAUUUGAGAAAGUUCCAGAUUGCUUUCAUUAUAUAUUAUCUUUUAACCAUAAAAUGUAUGCAUAUAUUAGUUCAAGAUAUCAUAAAUAUAAAGUGUGUUUUUAAAUAUAUGUAAGAUUAUUAUGUCAAGAAACAGAUACCUUGUCUCUGAUAGUCACUCCUCCCUUAAAGAUGGAGAUGUCGCUCAUGCCAUAUUCAGUGUACAUUUAGUGCUACACAGAUGCAUUUAGUAUUACACAGAAUGACUAGUAUCUAUCCUCUUACUAACCGAGCACCUGGGCCAUACUGGAGAAUGUUGGCCCAAGGCCAUGGCAGUACCAACUGUGCACAGAAAAGUGCAUACACAGGAGUUUUUCCUCAUGAGUUAUGAAGUGGGUAUGCAGUUAAAGAUGUCUGUUUUAACAUGCUUUAAUUUGUAUACACGUCAUUAUUGAGCAUUUUCAAAGGAUUGCCCCUGGUAAUAUCCGUAGUACUGUAAUGAUAUCAUGAUAUAUCCCUGGGAUAUAUCCAUAGCAGUAGUAAGAAAUCCCUUGAUAUCAAGUAGGAUAUUUACGUGGAUGUCUAUAGAACUACCACUGCCAUAGCCCCUCUUACCAGCAUUGCUUCACAUUAAAUAUACCUCUAUACUUCACAAUCUUUUAAAUUGUUUUACUCUGACUUAAAGACAAAAUAAAUGUUAUUUAGUCCCUAUUAGCAAAAUCACAUUUACAGUCAGACAAAGUGGGUUUUUAAAUUGAAACUCUGCAUUGUUUCAGUGCAGUGUUCCAAUAUUCAUAUUUGCCUGAACAAGUUGCCAGUUCCAUUUUUUUCAGUCAGUUUUGGUUUUCAUUUUCCUGUGUAAAAUUAAAUGAUACCACUUUGGUUUCCCUAUGAUUGACUGUUUAAUAACAGACUAAAGGAACAGGUAACAGGUUGAGUUUAUACAAAUUCUAGCACAUUACCUGUAGUAUCUGGGGACAUUAAUACUAUAAAAUCUAAAAUUGCACUUCAAAAUUGAAUCUGCAAAGCCCCAGGUUGCAGAGAAAGUCAACCUGUUACUCAUUUCUCUCAAGCUGUUGAUAAACUGCUGACUGUAAUGCAAUUAUUUUCUCCUUCUGUAAAACAGAGGCAGGUAUUAUUUCAUUUUACAAGAAAAAAGCAAAAACUGGAACUUGUCAAAUAGAACUAAUUGAUAACUUGUUUGAGCAAAUUUGACUUCCAAAUUGCUUCAAGGAAAACUGUCAAUAUUGAAACACUCUGCUGUAGCAUUACAAAGUUCCUGUGAAAUUUACCUAAAUGGAAAUAUUCCAAACAAAUUGGACCCUUCAUAUCAUGAUCAAUGUGCAGUUCCAAAAAAUAUCCACACUCCCUCCACAGAAGGGAUUGGAAUUUCCUGGUGAUGGGGGGUU